AUUCUGUUGAUGACGCACGGACAGGGAUAUCAACUAAAAUAAAAACACAGCUAGCUAAUCAACUUGAAUUAUCAAAUAAUGUCUCAAAUACAGUUGUUGAGGGUUUUUCUGAACGAUAGAUUAACAGCUGCUGCUGAGGAGAUAUUCGGGGUCGUUGAAAAAACGGUAGCAGAGUAUCAGGAGGAAGUUGUCCGUCUACAGAGGCUGCUCGACAUUGUUCUUCAACCUGAGAUAAACCUACACAGAGCAGACCUCCAGCAGCGUACUCUUUCUUUCUCUGAAGAGGAGGUUCCCCCUGAGCAGCAGCAGUGUGAGCAGGAGUGGAGCACCAGUCUGGGACAAGAGGACCCAGAGCCCAUACAGAUUAAAGAAGAGCAGGAGGAACUCAGGACCAGUCAGGAGGAACCGCAGCUUAAAGGGCUUGAGGCAGAGACCAUAGAGUUCAUAUUCAAUCCUGUCUGUGUGAAAAGUGAUCGUGAUGAAGACCCAACUCAGCCCUCACAUCUCUAUCAAGCCCAAAAGGAGGGAAACGGAGAGAGAGACACUCUACCCAGUACAAAAACAGAAAAGAUCAAAACAGAACCUGAUGGAGAGAUCUAUGUAGAAUCCGAACCAACUAGUCUCUCUCAGCCUUUCUCUACAGUAAAUCCAGACUGUUCUGCAGCUCAGAGUGAAAACAGUCAAAGUGUCAGUGGUAGGGAGACUAAAGAACCUCCUUCAGGUUUUAAGUCAGUCAAAUCAAAAAUAAAGAUGAUAAAAGGACAAAGCUCCUGUGUCAAGAAAUCUACACAGUUGUCCCUCCUGAAAUCACCCAGUCAAACUCAUGAUACUCCCUGUUGUUGUAAGGUGUGUGACAAGUCUUUUCAUCACAUGGGUUCAUUACUUAAACAUGUGAAAACUCAUAGAAAGGAUAAAGAAGGUAUUUGUGGUGUGUGUGGAAAAUGUAUGGAGUUCACAGAAAGUAUGAAAGAUCACCUCCAAACCCACAUUGCAGCUAGAUUUUGUUGUGAUGUUUGUAGUAAAUGGUUCAGCACAAACAGUAAACUGACAGUGCACAUGAGGAGCCACACAGGGGAGAAACCUUUUUCCUGCCCUGUUUGUGGUACAUGCUUCAUGCAGAAUGGAGGUCUGAAAAUACACAUGAGAAUCCACACAGGGGAGAAGCCAUAUCGUUGUUAUUGUUGUGGACAAGGAUUCAGCACUGGCAGUGCUAUGAAAAGGCACAUUAGGAUUCACACAGGGGAGAAGCCAUUUUGCUGCCCUGAUUGUGGCAAAUCAUUCACUCGUAAGGGACAUCUAAAAAUACACAUGAUGACCCACACAGGGGAGAAACCACAUAGCUGUCCUGAUUGUGGCAAAGGUUUCAGCAUUGCCAGUAAUCUGUCAGUGCAUAUGAGGAGGAUUCACACAGGAGAGAAAAGUCAAAGGAUUCAGCACUGGCACCAAUCUGAAAGUGCACACGAGGACUCACAGGGGAGAGACCAUACUGAUGUCCCUAUAGUAGAAGAUUAAUUUUCCAAUCGGGUACAUUGAAUAGCAAUAGGCACCAUCUAUGGCCACCAGACUAUAUCCAGCUGAUCUGUCAUUAAACCAUCAAUAGGCAUUAAAAUCACCCGCACAGCUGAUCUCAAUUACAACCAUCGUUGGCCACCGAUUUACCGCUCCUUUAACGCAGAUGUCGAGCUUAUCUUUUAGUCCUGAUUGCAACCAACAUUUUUCAAGAUGAUUUUGCCCAAUGGUGGGUAUUAUCAUCGUAACAAUAUAAUCCUGCAAUUUUAAAUUGACUAAGCGCCAUUUAUCUAUUUGACUUUAUUUCCGUACAACUGAUUUCCUCGUUUACCAAGGCAAAUAUACAAUGCAAUGUAGCUUACCCUACACAGUUUAUGAAUUUAAAAAUUAUGGUGUAGGAGUAUUUAUUUGUUUCCAAUUGAUAUAAUCAAUUAAUGGUUUUACUUGUCUUAAUAGAAUAUGACUAUUUCUGACUAAGCGGGAGGAAAUGUAUACUCCUUAAAGGGGACGUUUUUUACAACCAAAUCUCUAUUUUUGGUGUAAAUGGCAUGUUAGGAAAAUUAUUGCAACCAAUAGAAUGUUAUGUACAGUACCAGUCAAAAGUUUGGACACAGCUACUCAUUCAAGGGUUUUUCUUUAUUUUUUACUAUUUUCCACAUUGUAGAAUAAUAGUGAAGACAUCAAAACUAUGAAAUAACACAUAUUGAAUCAUGUAGUUACCAAAAAAGUGUAAAAAAAUCUAAAUAUAUUUUAGAUUCUUCAAAGUAGCCACCCUUUGCCUUGAUGACAGCUUUGCACACUCUUUGCAUUCUCUCAACCAGCUUCAUGAGGAAUGCUUUUCCAACAGUCUUGAAGGAGUUCCCACAUGCUGGCUGCUUUUCCUUCGCUCUGCGGUCCAACUCAUCCCAAACCAUCUCAAGUUGAUGUUGAGAUGGCUGUUACUUGAACGUGAAACAUUUAUUUAGGCUGCCAUUUCUGAGGCUGGUAAUUUUCUGCAGCAGAGGUAACUCUGGGUCUUCCUUUCCUGUGGCGGUCCUCAUGAGAGCCAGUUUCAUCAUAGCGCUUGAUGGUUUUUGCGACUGCACUUGAAGAAACGUUCAAAGUUCUUGACAUUUUCCGAUUGACUGACCUUCAUGUCUAAAAUGAAUGAUGGACUGUCGUUUCUCGUUGCUUAUUUGAGCUGUUCUUGCCAUAAUAUGGACUUGGUCUUUUACCAAAUAGGGCUGUCUUCUGUAUACCAACCCUACCUUGUCACAACACAAUUGAUUGGCUCAACCUUUUCCACAAAUAACUUUUUAACAAGGCACACCUGUUAAUUGAAAUGCAUUCCAGAUGACUACCUCAUGACGCUGGUUUAGGGAAUGGCAAGAGUGUGCAAACCUGUCAUCAAGGCAAAGAGUGGCUACUUUGAAGAAUCUCAAAUAUAUAAUAUUUUGAUAUGUUUAACACUUUUUUUUUUGGUUACUACAUGAUUCCAUAUGUGUUAUUGCAUAGUCUUGAUGUCUUCACUGUUAUUCUACAAUGUAAAAAAUAGUACAAAUAAACAAAAACCCUGGAAUGAGCAGGUGUCCAAACUUUUGACUGGUACUGUAUAUGGGGCAUACAACCAUCCCAGUACUGCUGAUUUUGCUGCAAAGAGACAGAAUAAUUUCAUCACUUGUUUUGGUACUGCACAUAUGUAUAUAGCUUGUUUUUGCUCACAGGUUCAGGAAUGGCUGAAGCAUUGCAACAUUUACCUGGAGCUAACUGCAAAAACCACUGCUGGUUGACUUGAAAAGCCAUAGUCAAUUGAUCAGUAAUAUAGUAGUACUUUUAGUAAGAAUAUUAAUCUUUAAUAUACAAUCUGUAGAAACUAUGAGAAUAGAAAGGUACGGAACCUUUGAAACAUUACAGCACAAUUAAAAAAUAUGGCAAUUAGAAAUGAAAACUGUAUGGUUUUCAGAGAUUGAUAGGAGGGGUUGAGGGUAACUGAAGAGUGGGGCUAAAAACGAACAAAAAAAGAUAACUAAUGUAAAAUAUACCUUGUCAUAAAAUGUAUAUAGUAUGUAUAAGCUGUAAGUAGAAGCCUAAUUAUUGUAGUCUUUUAUUUUACUCCAAUUAGGGGAGGGGUGGUAGAAUUAUGGUAAAAUAAUAAAGGCAAAAAAAAAGAAAUGGGAUUGGAAAUUAUGCAAUUACAUUGAUAGAAUCCACAAUCUAUCUGCAGUAUUAAAGCUGAUCUACCCCCUUAAAAAAAGUAUGGGGGUGAAGUAUUUUUGGAGUUUUGCAAUGAGGACAUAAACAAGCAUUGUUCAGCUAGUUUAGCCGGGUAAAAAUGGGACAGGAUCUAGCUAUGCGCACUAGGCUAAUUCAGGAGACCGAUUUGUAGUUUGUAUGCUCUAUCAGGAGCUGGCUGUGGAAAGUUUGAUUAAACAAUUCAGAGACAAACAAAUAUGUCAAAUUACAAAUAUUUAAGGAGAGCAAAUCGAUAUACAAUCCUGAAAUCAGCUGUAGUUGUCAAUAGUAUAACAACGCUUAAAACUGUUUGAGUGAACCCUGAAUCCAGAAAUGAAUGAUGGAGUCUUCCGGACACGGUACACAACGACUCCUCACCAUGUCCUCCCUUUUGUACAUAAAACAUGUUUUACGUGUAGAUGUCUUGUCGAUGUAAACAUUUUCCACAUUACAUCUGUUUUGAUGUUGCUAAAGGGAAAUUACAUGGUAACGGAAUUAUGCUGAGACACUUUUAAAAUGCAUACCAAACAAAAACCAUUGAUUUCAAAGUUUAACAAACCAUUUUCUAUGCACAAUGACUACUUUUAACAAUCUCCGCAAAGUUUUACAAAAACACAUUUACAGGAAGAACUGUGCCGGUACAAAGUUUGAUAACAAUUCACCUGAGGGAGAUUUUACCUUAAUGUGUUACCAAACUUUGCACAGUUUUUACAGUAAAUUAUAUAUUUAAAAUGGUUCAAAUCAGUCAUUGUGCAUAGAGUUGUACUGUUUGUUAAAAUGUUUAAUCAAUGUCUCUUGUUUGGCAUACAUUUUAAAGUGAAAUUCAGUCUCCGCGUAAUUCCGUUUCCGUGGAAUUGUCCUACAGUAGUUUUCACAAUAUCAGUUACUCUGUGCUUAUGUUUCCAGUUUCCACAGGAUCUGAACAAUUCCUAUCGUGUUUGUUGUUACCUCUGAGCUUGAUGCCAAUAUACACUGAGGAAUUAUCAUUUUUUUAUCUAUCAAGUGUUCCCAUUCAUAUAAAUGAACCUUCUGAAACAUGUUUGUUUAAUCUAGGAAUGUAUAUAUUUAAUCUGCCUUUGUAUAACAGAAUAAAUGUUGAUAACGCA